GUAAAACUUAAUAACGGCUUUAAUAUCAUGUCAUUUUUUGUAUUCCUUGACCCGACUGGUUGUCCACGGACAACUAAAUUGAAAAAAAAUCAGUUGCCCAGACAAGCAAAUGUACGACUCGGGCAACUCGGACAUUUGAUUUCGCCAUCCCUGCCUAAUGAUGCGUACAUAGAGAAGUCCUCUUCUGGGAGCCUCCAAAAAGUUCCCAAUAAGAAAAGGAAAGAUAGAAAUCAAUACCAGGGAAAGUGACAUGGACAGGAAGAGUGCGAUAAUAAAUGAAUUUGAUUUCACAACCCAAACUGGCCUAAACACUAUGUCUGCUACGGUGAGUGUGGCAACCUUAAAUUCUGACCAAGAACAAGGUGACUUGAACUCUGUUUGCGUCAAAAUCGAGACUGAUGAAUGGUAUAACACGGCUGCUGAUUUGUAUUCUGUGUAUGCCAAAUCAGAACAGGUUCUAUGGGAAGAGAGACAACCAGAUUGCAACAAACAAGAUGACUUGAAUGAAGUACAUGAAAAAACAGGAUCUUUACAGAUAGAUCAAGAUUACACCAAACAAGAUGGCUUCAUGUCUGAAUGUGUGAAAUCAGAACAUACAGAAUAUGAAAUAAUGCAACAAGAUGUCAACAAUUCUGUAUGUGUGAACAGAAACAACAUCGUCAAUUCAACUGCAUAUACAGAAAAAGAUGAGUUCCAUUCUGUAUGUGGGACAACAAAACAGCUUCUAAAUCCAAAUACAGACAAGAGUUAUAUACAUUGUGUAACAACAAAUUACCUCAAUUAUGUAGGUGGUAUAGCUAUAAAACUUGUAAAUACAGAUACGGACAAUGGCAAUAGAACAGAAAAAAAUCCAAAUGCUUUAUGUGAUUAUUCAAACGCUAUCGAGCAUCAAGCUCAACUGGCCGACCUAAAUUCCGAAUUUCUGCCAAGGGAAAAGAUUGAACUUUCAAAUGUUGACCAAUAUUGUGCUAGACCAACUGUGGGUGGAGGGACAAUGAAAACUCAGGGUGAAGAUACUAUACAAAAAGACCUUUACUCAAACCUUGAUGUUCAUCGACAUUCAAACUCCAAAAAAAAUGACUCAGGAAAAGAACUGUUGGUCUGGUGCGGAGACGAAUUCGCAAGAGAACUUGGCCUCAUCAGAGACAAAAACGUGUGCAGUGAUUCCAGUAAGCACAGAAGUCACUUGAAGAUACCCAUGAGGAAACAUACAGGAGAAAAACAUUACAAGUGUGAGGUUUGUGGCUAUUUAUGUAAACAGAGUGGUCACUUGAAGGCACACAUAAGGAUACAUACAGGAGAAAAACCGUACAAGUGUGAGGAGUGUGAUUAUGCUUGUAAACGAAGUUGUGAUUUGAAGAGACACAUGAGGAUACAUACAGGAGAAAGAGAGUACAAGUGUGAGUUGUGUGGCUAUUUAUUUAAACAUAGUCAUCACUUGAAGACACACAUGAGGAUGCAUACAGAAGAAAGACCGUACAAGUGCGAUGAGUGUGAUUAUACUUGUAAACGAAGUGGUGCGUUGAAGAUCCACAAGAGGAUACACACAGGAGAGAAACCGUACAAGUGUGAGGUGUGUGGCUUUCAAUGUAAACAGAAGGUACACUUGCAGAAUCACAUAUUGAUACAUACAGGAGAGAGACCGUACACGUGCGAGGUGUGUGGCUUUCAAUGUAACAUAAGUGCAAACUUGAAGAUACACAUGCUGAUACACACAGGAGAAAGACCGUAUAACUGUGAGGAGUGUGGCUAUGAAUGUAAACGUAGUAAUGAUUUGAAGAUACACAUGAGGAUACAUACAGGAGAGAGACCAUACACGUGUAAGAUUUGCCAUUAUGCAUGUAAAGUGAAAGGUUCGUUAAAGAAACACAUGAUGAUACAUACAGAGGAAAGACGGUUCAAGUGUGGGGAAUGUGGCUAUUUAUUUAAACAUAGUGGUCAUUUGAAGACGCACAUGAGGAUACAUACAGGAGAGAGACCAUACAGGUGUGAGGAGUGUAAUUAUGCGUGUAAACAAAGUGGUGAUUUGAAGAAACACUUAAGUAUACAUACAGGAAAGAGACGUUACAAGUGUGAGGUGUGUGAUUAUGCAGGUAACAGGAGUGAUACAUUGAAGACACACAUGCUGAUACAUACAGGAGAGAGACAGUACAAAUGUGAGGUGUGUGGUUAUGAAUGUAAAUUGAGUUGUCACUUGAAGACACACAUGGUGAUACAUACAGAAGAAAGACCGUACACGUGUGAUGAGUGUGAUUAUGCUUGUAAACGAAGUGGUGCGUUGAAGAUCCACAAGAGGAUACACACAGGAGAAGGACCAUAAAAGUGUGAGGAGUGUGAUUUUGCAUGUAAAAACAGUCGUCACUUGAAGAUACACGUGAUGAUACAUACAGGAAAAAGACCGUACAAUUGUGGGAUGUGUAAUUAUGCGUGUAAACAAAGUUGUUUGUUGAAGACACAUAUGAUUAUUCAUACAGGCGAAAGACCGUACAAGUGUAAGGUGUGCGGUUAUGCAUGUAUCCAGAGUGAUCGCAUGAAGAGAACAUGAAGAAACAUGCUUGGUUAUACUAUUAAUCUAUAUGGAAGAAAAACUCUUAAAAGAGUAAGGUGUGUGGUUAUCCAUGUAUCCAUAGUAGGAAGACUUUACAGAGUGUUAGGUGUGCGGUUAUCCAUGUAUCCAUGGGAGGAAGACUUUCAAGAUUAUUAGGUGUUUUGUUAUCCAUGUAUUCAUGGGAGGAAGACUUUAAAGAGUGUUAGGUGUCAGGUUAUCCAUGUAACGAGAGUGGUCCCUUGAAAACUUAAAGAGGCACAUGAGAAUAUAAUAUGGUAUAAGAGAAGAAAGAGCUUAAACAUGAACAUAUAAACAAAUCUCUGAACUAGUAGAGACUCCGUGACGCACGUUAUUUUCAUGACAAUAUGAAGCAAUAAAACAAUGUUUUGUUA